CAGCAGCAGCGGCGGCGGCGGCGGCGGCGGCGGCUCGUCCCACACCGGCCCGUCCCAGUGACCCGUCAGUGAGCUCCGGAACCGGCCGGAACCAGCCGAGCGCGCGCGCCGCCGCCCGUCCAGCCGGUCCAUCCGGGCUGGGUCACUGCCCCCAGCUCUGUGCUCCGGAGACGCCGCCCGACCCGGAGUCGGCCGGAAACUGCUCUGGCAGAAUGCACCAGGUGCACCUCCUGAGAGCGGGGGUCAGUCUGUCACUGGCGGUGCAUCUCGGAGCGUCGGCGCUCCGCUGGCUGGAGAUACUCGAAGAGGAAGAGGAGCAGCUCAACAACCCUCGAGCUGCGUGGUGCGAAUCUGCCGCCCAGCACCAGCACUUCAGCACCAGCCCCAGCACCUCUCUCCCCUGUCCAGAGGAGCUCUCAGAGCAGCCGAGGCGGCGCGGCCCGGCCGGGUCGGACGCGUCCCAGCCAUGUGUCGGCUGCUGUGGUGGACAGCGCUGGCGGCUCUGCUGCCUGCUGCGACACGCGGCCAGGGCGGUCAGUUUGAACUGACUGUCAUUCAGUACCAGCACCCGGUCACCGAUAAACAGGACGUAUACACACAACAGGUAGCCGAUGCCAUUCGACUAGCCCGCAGUCACGGUCAGGGUAAUGUGCUGGUACUAAACACCGGCGGAACGAGACGGGCAAUGCGGAGACAGUUGCGGGUGCCCGAUGUCAGCCCGGCGGCCACGGCCUUCUCGAAGGAGGACUUUAACGGCGGCAUCAGCUCGCUGAUGGCGCGCGUUGUGGGCUCCCCGGAGAUGUUCGUCGUGUCCAACAUCAGGUCCUCGCUGCUGCGCCGCUUCGUCGCCGACUCGACGGUCGUCGACAUCGGCGGAAAGACUGUCGGAGUCGUCGGAUUUGUGUCGCGCUAUUUGAACCAAAAGCUGCUGGACGCCGGCAGUAUGCCGAUCGUGGCCGAGGUGCCCGCCGUACAGCGCGAGGUGCGGCGGUUGAAGGAGCGGGGAGUUGACAUCGUCAUCGCGCUGGGCAGCGCAGGACACCGCAGGAACGCCGAGAUCGCCCGCGAAGUUCGCGGUCUGGACGCCGUGGUGACCGGACCGGUGGAGACCCGCGCCGCCGCGACAGAGUCCUUCCCGCAGGCGAUUGAGCAGCCGUGGGGCACUGUGGUGCCCCUGCUGGAGAUCCCCCUGGCCACCGACCACCUGAUCGGCAUCACUCGCCUGCUGUUCGACGAUACCAACCAGGUCACCAAGGGAGUCGGCAUGUUCACCGUCGCCGACGGCACCAACAGAGAUGCCGUGGAGCAGAAGCAGCUGGCCCUCCUUGAGAUGGACACUGUGGAAGGCUCCGGUCAGGGACCCGCCGAGGCACUUGAAGCCCUUGGUGUGGCAGCCAGUCAGUACUCUGAGGAACAGGCGGCCGCCGGUGACGUCCCGCCGCCCUCUGUGGCUGACGUCGUGACUGCCACCAAUGUCGAGUCCGCCGACGAAGGAAACGGUGCAGAUGAGGUGUUCAUUCCGGAGAACCAGCCGUUUGUUCCACCGUUCACCGCGGCAGCGACUGAAGGUGACGAUGUUGUGAGGGGAACGGAGAAGGGGCCCCUGUCAGCGCAAGAAGCGUUGGUGCUGAAGGAACAACUCGUUGAGCAGGCGGGAGAGGGAGAGAAGUCAGAAGAACAGGUGAAAGAAGAGGCUUCGACCAGUGACACUGAAGCGACUGUUGAUGCUAAUGAUGAUGUGAAAGACGCGACAGCUAAUGAGAACCAAGCGGCAGCUGCUCCUGCCGCGACUGAAGUCUCUCCUGAUCAGAAUACCGAGUCGUUGACUGCCGACGAAAUUCAAGACCUCAAGAGCAACCUUGGUCCCCUUACAGCCGCUCAGGUGGAAGCCCUCAAGGAUAGGUUUGUUGUUGUAAACGAGGAAGAGAACCAGCCAGGCUCAGCCGUGCUUGUCGAUAAAAACAGCAUGGGCAUGACGCAGAGCUCGAGCGGAACGGCAACUGGACAAGAGACAAGUGACGAGACUAGUGAAAAGGAAGCGGAAGCUCCUGUAGUUGGUGAGAGCGCUGAGACGUCCAAUGCAUCGGAUGACGUUUCAACUCCUCUUGCGCCGGAAGUGAGCGAGAACAAUGAUGCAACAACCAUGCUCGUCAUGAAGGACAAGAAUGCCGAAUCUGGAAUGCCGCCGGCGCAAACGGUUGCUGUGAGUGUCCAGCUUGGCGAUGCUCCGCAAACGGCUGAUUCCGAGAAGGAAACCAAUGAGACUGGUGAGUCGGAUGCAGAUCAAGCUAUGGAAUUGAUGGAGAAGGAUACGCCUGACUCGGGCAUGGCUAGCGACUCUUCCACUCCUGCGCUUGAUGAGACAACCAUUGAAGAAAGUGAUGCAGAAGUCGAAGGCUCUGGUAACCAGGACGAGGUUGAAGCAAACAGUGAGGAGGUCUCGGUGACAGGAAGCGAGGUCAAUGACCCCAACAAUAUUCAGCCUGAGGCAGUUGAAACGCCAUCAGAAACAGUUAUUGCAUCUGAAGAACCGGCUCCUAUCCAAUCCGAAGACAACGUAUCGGCCGACGGCAUCCCGGAAGUUGCAGACACCGAGGGCGCCCUUCCGAUGAACGACGUCGCUUCUAGCAGUAAUACGGCCGAGCCCGUUCCGCCAGUGUCUGAGACCAUGGCAACUUCCGAGACUGCUGACAGCGUCCAGGAUGAAGCAAGCGUCGAAGCUGUGGACACUGUUUCGGACUCUGACGCUGCCAGUGUCUCUUCGGAGAUUUCUGACGAUUCUGCCCAGAACUCGGAGGCUAGCGAAGCUGUGCAGACCGCAGAUAUUGCCCAGGAUCCUAUUAUCCAGGCUCCAAGUAUCGAAGGCAGUAUGGUCGAGGUUCAGGGCGAGACUUCUGAUAAGAUGCCGAGUGAUGCCAACGUUUCUCCGAGUGAAGCUGCCGAUGUGGCUGCUGCUGUUGAUGAUGAUCAGAUCCUUGGCACGUCUGAGGAAGCUGCUGGUAUCGGAAUCACUUCCCAAGAGGAUGGAAUUUCUAGUGACACUCCGAAUGCUCAGGAUGCGAUUGAGCAGACCGUCAACGAGUCUCCCAACACUAUUGUUGCUCCGUCAGACGCUGAACAAGACCCUUCUCCUGUUCCUCCUGGUGAAGCGACCACCCCUGUCGAUGUUCCUCAGGAACAACUUAUCAACGAAGAAUCUCAGGCCGUUGUCCAAGACCAAGCGCCAGUAACGUCGCCCGAAAUCCAGAAUACUUCUCAGGAGUCGAUUGCAAGCCCCGUGCAGGAUCAGACAUCAGCAACCGAUGGUGAAAACGAACUUCAGCAAUCCACGGAUCUCACCCCUGGCACAGAAGUCGGCAUUGAGUACCCGGUUCAGGCUUAUGACGAGGAAGACGCUGGACAGAACCUCCAGUUCAUCGAUGCAUCGCUUUUCAAUGCACCAGAGCCAUCUCGUAUCGGAUCUGUGGCUGGCGUCCUGGAUGCCAUUCAAGCGAUUGUUGGAGAGACGAUGGACAGUGGCCCGACCAAUGCGAUUUCGGAGUCGAAGAUUGACGAAGAGACCUCACCCGAUGACGCUCAGCCAGCUAUUCCUAAUGUCUUUGAUGUCACCGCCGACGCUGCGAACACAGAUAGCGAGCCAACUGACGUCUCCACCGUCGAAGAGGCGCAGAAGGAACCUCAAAUGGACGAUGCUAGUGAGCCUGUUGCGUCAACCCAAGAUACUGGUGCUGCUGUGGGAGACUUGAACCUUCAGGCCGGUGUGGAAGGCGAACCCGCCACUGCAAUUUCCAGUACCGAAGAGCAGGUCCCUGAAACAACCGGUACCGGGUCUCAGCAACUGAAUGCCGACAAGUUGUCCGAGUUGAAGGAAGAGUAUCUUUCAGGACUAGCGGAGAAGGAGACUGAAGAUAUGGGAGAGCCAGCUCCGGUAAUGUCUGAUGAAGAAAAACUGGCACAGCUCCAAGCUCAGUACACUAAUGGUGAAACUCUCGACAGCACAUCAGGAAGCCAGGCAGACGAUAACAAGGAAUCGUCAGCUGCGGAUGAGGGCGAGGAAGGCUUGGUCAGCAACACUGCAGAAGCUGAGCAACUGCCUGAGGAUGACGAAUCAGUAACCAGCCUCCAGGAAUCUCAGGACAGCAAGGAACCUGGACCCGUCGGAACUAGUCCAGGCAUCGAGGUGAGCCCUGAUUCUGGUCCUGCUGUUGCGACCAACAACGCUGAGACCGCUGAUGCAGGCUCAGAGUCUGAACCUGCUGAAGUGAACCCAGUUUCCGAAGCUGCUGAGGAUAGCCCAGAUACUAUGCCUGUUGAAGCGAGCCCCGAUGCAGAGACUUCUGGAGUGAGUUUUGAUGCAGAGACAGUCGAAGUGAACUCGGAUACUGAGCUUGCUGAAGUGAUCUCCGAUGCUGGAAUGACCUCAGACACUGAGUCUGCUGAAGUAAUCUCCGAUGUUCAGCCCGCUGUCGGAAACACCGACGCAGAGACUGUUGCAGUGAACCCAGACUCUCAGGCUGCUGAAGUGAUCUCUGAUGCUGAAGCCGCUGAAGUCAGCUCUACCUCUGCCACUGCUGGCCUCAGCCCAGCUUCUGAGACUGUUGAAGUUAACUCCGAUGCUGAGCCUGUGGCAGUAAGCUCCGAUGCUGAACCAGCUGAUAUGAGCUCUGCUGAUGAGUCUGUGCCAAUGAGCUCUGACACAGAGCCCGCUGAAAUCAGCUCCGAUACUCAGCCCGCUGAAGUCAGCUCUGAUUCCGAGUCUACUGACGAUAGCUUCGAUACUACCGAAGGCUUUGUUCCAGAGUCUGUUGAAACGAAUUCUGACAUCGAGACCGCCGGAGUGAGCUCGGAUGCUCAGUCAGCGGAAGUGAGCUCUGAUACUGAUACUCCUGAGGUCAGACCCGAUACCGAGACUGCUGAAGUGAGCUCAAACUCAGAGCCUGCUGAAAUUAGCUCCGAUGCUGAGCCUGCGAACGAUAGCUCUGAUUUCGAGUCCGCGGCAGUAAGCCCGAAUACGGAGACUGUUCAGGUGAGCUCAGAUACCGAGACAGCCGCAAUGAGCUCUGACUCUAAAACUACUGAGAUGAGCUCUGACUCUAAAACCACUGAGAUGAGUUCUGAUUCUGAAACUGUUGAAGUGAUCCCAGGAUCUGAGACUGCUGCGGUGAUCUCAGACUCCGAGACUGCUGAGAUGAGUUCUGAUGCUCAGCCUGCUGAGGCGAGCUCGGUUACUGAGACUACUGAAGUGAUCCCAGGAUCUGAGCCUGUUGAAGCUACCCCAGGUUCCGGGGCUGCUGUAGCCCCUGCUGCUGCUGAUGCCGGGGAAGUGAGCCCUAACUCCGAGGAUGAAAUAAACUCGGCUUCAGAUACUUCUGAGGUGAACUCGGAUGCUGACGCUGCCAAUCCCAUCUCCGAUUCUGAUGGCGCCGCAGUUAUUCCCGGUUCGGAGGUGAAUACAGAUAGCCCAAUUCCAGUCACAGCUGAUGCAAGCUCCACCUCUGAGACUCCUGACUCCAGCCCAGACUCUGAGCCUGCUGAAGUAAGCUCCGAUGCUGGGAUGAGCUCGGAUUCUGAAACUGCUGAAGUGAACUCCGAUGCUGAUACGUCUGAGGCGAGCUCAGAUACUAAUCCCGCUGAAGUAAGCUCUGACACCGAGAAAGCUGAGGUCAGCUCUGAUUCUGAGCCCGCUGAAAUGAGCUCUGAUGCUGAGACUGCUGGAAUGAGCCCAGCCUCUGACAUGACUGGAUUAAUCUCUGAUAACCAGGCUGCGGAAGAUAGUUCUGAUAUGUCGCCUGCUGAGGUAAGUUCUGAUUCUGGAGCUGCUGAGAUAAACUCAGACUCGGGAGCUACGGAAACGAUGUCCGACCCUGAGACUCCUGAGGUGAUCUCUGAUGUCCAGAAUGCUGAAAUGAGUUCCAAUGCUGAGCCUGAGGCAGUAAACCCAGACACUAAGACUCCUGAAGCGAACUCAGAUACUGCGACUGCUGAAGUGAGCUCCGACACUGAUGCUGAUGAAGUUAGCUCUGGUUCUGAGACUGCUGAAGUGAGCCCAGGAUCUGAGACUGCUGACAUGAGUUCAGAUUCCGAUGCUGUCGAAGUUAGCCCGGAUGUUGAGUCCGCCGAAGUAAGCUCUGAUUCUGUACCUGCUGACGUGAGCGCUGGCGAUGAGCCUGCUGACGUGAGCUCUGCUGCUGAGAUUGCCGACGUGAGCCCAGUCUCUGAAACUGCUGAAGUGAGCUCAGACUCUGAGGCUCCUGAAGUGAACUCAGAUGCUGAGUCUGACGAGAUGAGCAAAGUCUCUGAAACUGCUGAAGUAAGCUCUUCUGAUGCCGAGCCUGCUCAGGUGAACUCUGAUUCUGAGCCCAUGAGAUCAGGCGCUGAUACUGCUCAAGUGAGUGCCGAUGCUGAGCCCACUGAAUUGAGUUCUGAUUCUGAUACUCCCGAAGUGAAUGCUGAUACUGAAACCGUAAGUGCAGACGCUGACACUGAUUCUCAGACUGCUGAAGUGAGCCCUGUUUCUGCGGAGGUUAGUUCUGAUACUGCCGAAGUGAGCUCCGAUUCUCAGACUCCUAUAGUGAGUUCCGAUCCUGAGCCCACUGAACUGAGCUCUGAUUCAGCCGCGGUUAGUUCUGAUGCUAAUACCGCUGAGCCUGUGCCCACUUCUGACAAUGAUGAAACCGACCUUGUCGCUGAGGACAUCGAAACUUCCCUUACCAAUGCCGUCCUCCCUGCGAACGGACUCUUCUGGUAUCCGAACAAACAGAACCCCCAGGAGACCGCACCACUAGACUCUCUCGUCCCUCUGACGGCCAUAUCUCAGUCAGGUUUCGUUCCAUCGAGGAGACCCGACACUCCCGAGCAGCAGGGGUACCUUCCCUCAGCAGAGGCUGAAGCGGUGGAGGUCGAUAAGGAGAGCAUCCUACAGACGAUCAAGGAUAACAUGCCGGAGGGAGUGAUGAUCGGGGAACCGGCCGAGAGUCCUGAGCAGGCACCGGAGGGUCAGACCGCUGAUGCUAGCUCAGAGAGCGCUAUGAGCUCGGCGAUGGAUAUGAGCUCAGAAGCCGACGCAAGCUCAGCAACUGCAGAGGGACCUGUGACCGCUGAGGGUUCCGAGACUGACCCUAGCCCAGAGGCCGGAGUAACCGCUGAUGCAGCGGCGAGCCCAGAUGAUGGAGUAAGCUCAGUUACCGCGGAUAGCUCAGCGACUGCCGUGAACCCAGAGGCUGAAAUUACCUCUGACUCUGUGGCUCCUGUACCGGACGCUGAAGAUGCUGAGGUCAUUCCUCCGGGAGCGGAGACCCCUCUAGCAGAAGAAAAAGUGGACACUGUCUCCCCAGUUCAGACCGAAGUCCCUGUCUCAGAGACCGAAGAGGCUUCUUCAGUUCAGGCUGGAGAGCCUUCUCCAGUUCAGUCUAAAGAACCUAUGCCAGCUCAGUCCGAAGAUUCUUCUCAAACUCAGCCAGUAGAACCGGCUUCAGUUCAGUCUGAAGAACAAUCCAUGGAUCAGCCAAAGGAGACUUCUCCAGUUCAGACUGAAGGACAAUCCUCAGUUCAGUCUGACAACUCGUCUCCAGUUCAGCCGCAAUCACCCUCACCAGCUCAGACUGAGGAGCCAUCGCCCAUGCAGACUGAAGUACAGUCACCAGUGCAGACUGAAGAGCCCUCUCCACUCCAGCCUCAAGAACCUGUACAAGUCCCGCAACAAGAACCCUCUCCAGUGCAACCUAUCGAACCAGUUCCAUCCCAGCCCCAGAUUCCGCCCCUCAGUCAGAUCACAUCACCUCAGAACUUCCCCUCUCAACCCCUGUAUGGCCAGUCUGGUGCUCCAGCACAAAGUGCUACGGACGUGAUCAACACCAUCCAAGGUAUCGUCACCGAACAGCAAGAGCAGCUCCCCAGCUCUGACAGUCCUGCGCUGCCGGCGAGCGAUGCGGCCAGUCUGCCUGGAGGAGCGGGUGAUGUGUCGGGGGUUAUCAGUGCCAUUCACGGUAUAGUGAAGGAUGAGAGUGCUGCCCACGAGGAGGCCGGCGGAGACGCGCCGGUGGUGGCUGAUGAGCCUCAGACUGCUGAGCCUGAAGAUCCGAUGAAUGUUAAGACUGAGGAGACUGAAGUACCGACUGGAGUUGAGACUGAAGUACCGACUGAUGUGGAGACUGAGGUACCGACUAAGAUGGAGACUGGAGAGAAUGACGUACCGACUGAAGCUCAGACUGGAGAGGCUGAAGUACCGUCUGAAGCUCAGAAUGGAGAGGCUGGAAUACCAACUGAAAUUCAGAAUGGAGAGGCUGGAAUACCAACUGAAGCUCAGACUGGAGAGACAGGUGUACCAAUUGAAGUUCAGAAUGGAGAGGCUGAACUACCAACUGAGGAUCAGAAUGAAGAGGCUGGAAUACCAACUGAAGUUCAGAAUGGAGAGGCUGGAAUACCGACUGAGGCUGGGUCUGGAGAAGCUGAAGGCGUACUAGGCACUGAGUUUGUCGCACCCGAAGAUCUAUCGCAAAAUGAGAUUGCCCAGCCUGAAGACCCCCUAGAGCUUGCUGAGCCUGAGGAUAUGCUAGAGCCUGAACUAGCCGAACCUGAAGAACUGUCGCCUAACGAGAUAGCCGAGCCUGAGGCUCCUCUAGAGCAGCCUGCAGAUGGUCCUCAGUAUCUGCCUCAGCCGGUGGACUCGGAGACACCGCUGAGGCAGCCGGCUGGCGUUCCUGUGCAGCCGGCUGUCGCUCCUCAGACAGGCAGCGUUCCUAUCCAGCCGGGCAGCGUUCCUGCUCAACCGGCCGUCCCUGCCCAGCCGGCCGUCCCUGUCUCGGGUCCGACGCCGGGCCAGCGGCCGUUCCUCCCGUCUAUACCAUCCCACGUUACCGAGGACGAGCUGAUGGCGAUUAUCAGUCAGGAGGACCUCUCCUCCCUCGGCUUGUCGCAGAGUCAGCUGCUGGCGCUGCUGACCGGGUCUCUCCCCGCCGGUCUGGUGCCGGUGUCCGGACAGGAGGCGUUCGUACCCGUCCGCAGCCCGGGAGCGGUGGACGCGGGAGUCGUGCCGCCCUCUGCCUACCCGCAGCUGCCGACUGGGCAGGGAGUGUCGACCGGCUCAGUCCCCGUGAUCCCCACCUCUCCUCUUUCUCCCGCCUCAGUUUCUGUCUCCGCCCCUGUCAUCAUCCCUGUCUCCGCCCCUGCUCCCGUCCCCGUCGCCGCUCCUGGAACUCCGCCGGUCAGGGAAGACCUCACCCCAUCUUCUCCAUCACCCAGCGCCGUCGCUACCCCCAUCGCCCCAUCUCCACAGUCCGUUCCUUCCCCUGUCCCGGCAAGCGGUGCGCCGUCUCCACCCAUCCAGUCCGUGCCCGCCACACAGGGAGUGCAGACUCCGACACGGGAUGAUCCCGUGCUUGGGGUUACGGCAGGGCAGAUCGCCGGGGAGCUGACCGACUGCCUCGGAACAGAGUGCGCCAUGGGAAAGAUCAUCGCAGACGCCCUUCGCUGGAGGCUGAGAGCCGAAGUCGAAGGAACGUUUGUGGCCAGCGAUGUCUUCCGAGGCUCCUGGCAAGGUGAAAUCCGGAGGUCGGACAUAAUCGCCGUCGUGAGGAACAAUCCCAGGAUCUCGAUUGUGACUAUCGAGGGAUCGCGCUUUGAGGACUUCAUUCGUGUCCUGGAGGGAAGCCCGUUGUUCUUCCAUAUGUCGGGUGUCCGUCUCACGGUCAGCCCGCAGAUGGACAUCAGCGUCUCUGUGCUGUGCGAGGGCUGCGGCCCCACGCCCUACCAGCCCAUCAACACAGCCAAGCCGUACGUGUUGGCCUUCCUGACCGGUGCCGAUAACCGGCUGUUUGAGUCGACCGUCUUCGCCGAUGUCCGGCCGCUGACUCUGAGCCUCACCGACGACGUCCUGGUGCCGUACGUCGAGGCGAACCGGUUCGUCUCCCCGCCGACCGACGACCGUAUCAUUUUCGCCGGCACACCGGCUCCAACUCGAGUGGACACAUCGGCCGACGCGCCGCAGGGAGCAGCCCCGGCCCAGCGGCCUGCUCAGCUUCUUACUGAGGAGGAUCGUCUAGAGGCGCUCAAACAGCAAUACCUGAGCGACAUCCUGGCAGUGGCCGAGGAUGCGGAUGCCGCCGAGGGUCCUACCGAUCCUCAGGAGUUGCUACAGCAGCUGACGGAGCUGCAGCAGCAGUACCAGCAGGCCGCGCCGGCGGUUGUGGCGGCUGCGACGCCGAGUGAUCUGGAUCAACUGGCGCUGCUUCAGCAGGAGUACGCUCCGGCGGGUGGGGUGGCUAGUGUCGCCCCGGUUAGGGCCGGUUCGCUGGCGCCCGCGGCGGAGAUAGCUCAGACCCGCCCGGUCGGCGUGGCACAGUCGACUGCUACCCAGAGUCAAACCCCGGCGGCGGAGCUUACGGACAUCGAGAGGCUGGCCCUGCUGCAGCAGCAGUACGCCCAGGCUGACGAGAGUGUAGCUCCCGUGAGGGCAGGCUCUACAGCAGCCACUGCUCCGGUCAACAGUGGAGCCCAGACUGUGCCCUCUCGACCGGCGGUGACCGUCCAGCGCCGGCCGGUGGUCCGUCCGGCAGACCCGGCCGAACCUCCGGCCGACGAGCUGACCAAGCUACAGGAGCUGUUCGCCCUUCAGCAGCAGUACGGAGCUACUGGAACAGCGCCCGAUCCGGCCUCCGCCUCCCAGGUAAACUCGGUACACUUUGGAUCGGCUGCGCCGGGUGCUGAGGUGGUACCGCAGACUUCUGUACCACAUCCUUCUGUGUCUCGGCCGUCAGUACCUCAGACGUCUGUACCUCGCCCUUCGGUACCCCGUCCGUCGGUACCCCGUCCUUCAGUGCCACACGCUUCAGUACAGCAAACAUCACUACCUCGCCCUUCAGUACCGUAUGGUUCAGUACAGCAGGCAUCAGUACCGUACGGUUCAGUACAGCAGACAUCAGUACCGUAUGCUACAGUGCAGCAAGCAUCAGUGCCUCACCCAUCAGUACAGCAGACUUCUGUGCCAUACGUUUCAGUACCCCAAUAUCAGCAAGCUCACGCGCAGCUCUCCUCCGCAGCUCCGGGAGUAGAGUACGUCCAGCCCGCCUACGCACCUGCCGCCCAGUACGUACAACUGGGCGCGCCUCACCAAUCGGUGGCGUACUCUCCGGGACAUCAGCAAGUUCAUCUGGCUGUGGGAAGUGCGGAGCCGUCAGAGUUGGCCGAGUAUCAGGAGCACGCGCUGACGGCUUAUCAGCAUGCAGUGGCGCCCGAGCAGUCGGGUGAUGUACAAGUUGUACGGCUGGUUGAAAAGCAGGUGGAACAUGAAGCACAGCCGUACUAUGAUCAGGUUGUACCGCACAAGCCUCAGUAUGCACAGCUUGUGCAGCAAGAAGUACAGCCUCAGUAUGCUCAGGUUGUGCAGCAAGAGGUGCCCGUAGAGCACGUUCAGGUUGUACAACAGGAGGUGGAACCUCAGUACGUUCAGGUUGUUGAACACGAGCAGCCCCAGUACGCGCAGGUUGUACAACAGGAAGUCCCUGUGCAGCAAGUACAGGUAGUUCAACACGAGGUCCCAGUUCACCAAGUCCAGGCGCAAGUCGUUCCCACAGUUCAGCACGUCGUGAAGCCCGUGCACGCCCAGGGGGUGGCUCAGGCUCUCCAGGUCACCCUGGACGAGGCACAGCCGGCGUCGGAGGUCCAUGUCAGUGUUGCGCGUCCGCACCACGCGGAGACGGCCGCCCUACAGCAGGCUGCUCUGGCAGGUUACCAGCAGCAUUACGCCCCGGAGAAGGUGCAGACGGUGGUGGCCGUCCCGCAGGAGGCUCAGCACGUCCAGCAGGUACAUCAUGUUCAGCCAGUCCAAGCAGAGGAGUAUGUUGAAGUGGUGCCACACGUGCUAGCCUCAACAGAGCAUAGCGCUCCAUACGCCACGGUCGAAGCCGUCCACGUGCAGCAGUACACCCCGCAGCAGGUGGCUACGCUGCUGACACUCCAACAACAGCAACAGCAGGAGGACGGCGGCGGCACCAGCAUCUCCAGCCUACUGGCGCAGAAGCUGAAGACGCUACAGGGCAUGCCGGCCAAGGCGGUGCUCGGGUUCCCGGUGAUGCUUCUGCUGGCUAGCUUGACGGCGGGAGCGCUUAUCUAACGGGUGACUCCACUCGCUAAAGUGGUGUUCAUAUGACAGUGUAGUGAAACCUCAGUUGCUGCGGUACUACAGAAGGCAGCAGCAGGUGACAAAGACAAUUCCCUCGGCAGUCACUGUUUACUGAGGCGCCAGGGGUAGACUAUAAUCCGUCCGUGUGAAGACAGACGUUAUGACGCUGUCACGCUCAACGCUAUCACCGCCAGUGUAAAACUAGCGCUCAAACUCUUCGGGGCUUUAUUGUUGCGCGUUCGGCGCUAUUCGAACGUCGUUGCUAGUUUUGAUGAACAGGGCUAAAUGGGUCCAAUGUGGGUACGUGGAGGCAUUUGCAAUCUGGCAUUUGGCAUUUGUGCGUUAGUAGUGUCAACCUGAGGUAUAAUGGGCAUAUUUUAUGAGCAGGUAUAAUGUGGUUUUACGUGUGCCAAAUGUGUCGCUUUUGUAACACGGGCGAUUCCUACUGA